AUGCCGUGGACGUUGGAGCCAUAUGGGGAGUUCCAAGUCGGCUGGAACUCAGUUCCGUUUGAGAGCUUAACGACCUUCGAUAUGCCAAUGCUCCCAACGCAUCGAGAAACUGCCACGACAGUAGGAUUACCCUUUUAUGAGCUGAUUUUGGCGCCUACAGCACCUCAAAGCACCGCUCAAAACUUUGGAAUAGAAGAUGGGAGUUAUAUUUUGAACAGGAUGUUACACGAUCCCUUUUAUGACACUAACAUCAAACUUCUCAAACCCAGUGCAGCAUAA